AUGCCUUCCUUCCAGGGCGUUCAAUUUGCCAUCAUCACCGAACCCGGGUCCAAAAAGCUCCCCGAAUUUCCUUUAUCAAAUUCCUCUUCGGAAUAUGUUCUGCCGUCAACCAGUGGCCUACUUGGCCAGGACCGCAAUGGAUUAAAUCGCCUUUUAUCGUCACUACAGCAGGCACAAAAACAGAGUCCCCGAAUCUCUGUCUAUGUUCCUUCUGAGCCAGGUACAAACCUCGGAAUCUAUUACUCGAUCAAAAAAGUGACCCAGCCGCCGCCAUUCUUCUAUUUCAAGAUAUUCAUGAACGGGAGAAAUGUCGCCAACUGCGGUACAGAGUCUGGCGUUGAUGGCUCGGGUUGUAUGACGCACUCGCUGUGCAUACCAAGUGAUCGCUGGAAAUACAAAGAAGAAGGCAUACUGCACACCAGGGAUGGCAUAGAGGCACGCCGCUUCUGCUUUCUACCCGCCGAGAAUCAAUCAGUUGCAGAAGAGGGUGGUUUCAUCGAAGCCCAAGUCUUUCGGGCCAAAGGACGAAUCCGAAGACUGCCAGUCCUAGAAAAACACCGUAAUCAGGAGACCUAUGGACUCGGGUCACCUUCAGGCGGGCUGCUGGAUUGGCCAGAAGACGCUUGUUACUACGAUUGGAUUCUCAUCGAUUCAAAAGAAUCCCCGUUCGUCACGUUCCGUUUCCACUACCGCACCUGGUCGAAUCUUUAUCAGCUGAGUCUGGCACCUCGCCCCAACAAACCGGAUGACCCGUCAUUACAGGUCGAGUCGAAACCAGCAAAGAACACAAGAGCCGAAGAGGGCAAGGAUAAAUCAUCUAGCAAAAAAGUGUCGUUUGCAGAGCCUUUGAGCUUCGAACUCAUUGAACACCUUGAACCGGAUCAAGAUUCCCCAUCCAAGUCUCAAUCCGAGCCGCCUACACAGUCUCCCGGACGAUUGGAGAACGCCCCUGUGAUACUCCCAAUGAACUUUUCCACCCGUCCCCUACCAGAGAUUCCAAUCAAGAGGCUAGUUGCCCACGAAGAAGCGAAACCUCUGCCACUGGCCUGGACAGCUUCUUCUUUAUCCGAUAUCUCAGAGGAGACAGAAACGAGCAGUGCAGUCACAUUUCCUACACGAUCCGAUUACCUCCGUGGUGAUAAGUUUAGGAUAUCAGAGUGCCAGACAACUGAAAGUCUUGUGGUCCUAUCCUUGGCUGAGGCAACUGCUAAUUUUGCGAUUCAGGGGCUUUUGACAGAGGAAUUGAAGGACAGUGAUAUCACAGAGAUGGAAGCUGCAGCUACCAAACACGAGGUCAAGAGCUCUGAGCAUGUUACGAAUGUGAAGGCCAUGGUUGCCAAAGCAGAAUUGUCGAUCAAGACUGGGUGGAGGAUGACUGACAACGAGUGGACGACAGGAGAUGCGUAA